ACCUGGAGACAGGAAGCCCUCACAAAAUCCAAACCUCGCUUCCUCAACAAGCUCUACUAAAGAAGCCUCCACCGAACCCAUCAUGAUGCUCAAGAUUGCCACCUCCGCAUUUGCCUCCAUGGCGCUAUUCGCUGCCAGCACUCCCAUCACAUCUGCCCAGGUCUCUUUUGAUGAGUGCAGGGCUGCUGUACCUGGCUUUUUGGACUGCUUGGACUCAGGCGCGGAUAAUUGCGGUGCCCUUCCAGUUCCCGACUUUGCUUUCCCACAGGAUCAGUUCAACGACCUGGGGUACGCCUUGAAGCAUCUUCGCGACACGCCAAACACUCAUGUCUUUGCUCUUGGAGACUUUGCUGUCUGGACCAUGAUUGUUGUGGAUGUAUCCGAGGAUGAUUCUACGGCUGUUGCCAGGACAAAACCCUCCGGGCGCAAGCUUCUUCGAGGUGGGCGUCAUCUCGAAGACGAGGAGGACCUAACGCUGGAGGGUGCUCCAGCAGAAUAUUCGACUGAAGACGUGGAUAAUCGCGUAGCUGGGCCUUCCAUCACUAUUAGAUUGUAUGAUGCCCCUGAGGCCUUCUUCCAAUUCGGAGAGGACGGCGCCGUCGUUGGGCACCAUCACCUUUCUGCUGUGGACGACAUUCUCGACGUUCUCAACGCCACUCUGGAGGAUGUUACCUCGAUUGAGCUGGCUUACUCUCAUGGUCACUUCGACCACAUUGGCGCAGCGAACUACACUUACAACGCCAUCAAGGCUUUGGGAUUCGAAGAUGUUCCCAUCGUUGCCUCCAAGGGCACUCAGCACUUCUUGGAAGAGCUCGCGGAGUCGGGGCUCUACAGCUACCGAGCUCCCUUACCCACCGUUACCUUUGAAGGCAAACAGAACCAAACUGUGGGAACCCACACCACCAUGAUGGUGGAAACCGUGAAUGGCCACAUGCAUGAUAGCCGGGAUGUCUUGAUCUUCUUUGAAGAAGAGGAGGAGCAUCCCGCCAUCAUGAUGAUGAUUGACAUUGUUUUCCCCAAGUGGUCACCUUUUUACCGCUUCGCCCUCACCACAGACUUGCUCAACUAUUUGAAGAUUCACGACAAGAUGCUGGAUGACUACGACUUGGGAGAGGAUGGAUACUUGAUUGGAGGACACCUUUCCCAGAUUGGCGAUCGCGUGGAUAUCGAAAUCAAUAAGAACAUGACGGAAUCCGUCAUCGCCAACGCCAGAGAUGCGCUGGCAACGACCGACUUUGGUGGCGAAGCGUUCUCGACUGGGGCCUUCACUCCAGGAGAGCCUACUUUUGGCAAUACUUGGUAUGCCUUCGGCAAGUCCUUUGACACUAUCAUCGCAAAGUGUGUCAGGGCUACCAUCGAACAAUUUGGAUGCACCUUGGCCGCCAUUGAUGUCAUGGCCGAAUCUCACUGUGACGUUGCCCAAAACUUUGUUCGCAUUGAUAGUUAGGAGUAUGAUCAUUGGCGACAUGAUGAUGGUUUCAGAGAAGGCAGGUUGGAGCAAAUGCCAAGUACUGUAGCCGCCGUGCGCGUAAUGUAGAAAGAGUCUUGGUUCUUGGUUCUGGUGGCAAGCUAUAGCUAAAAUAAAUGUGCUUUACAGGUUUUCA